GGAUGGCGCUGUGCGCGCUGGCGCGGCUGUGGCCCGGGGCCCUGGCCGGCUGCGCCGAGGCGGGGCGCUGCUGCCCGGGCCGGGACCCCGCCUGCUUCGCCCGCGGCUGGAGGCUGGACAGGGUCUACGGGACGUGCUUCUGCGACCAAGCCUGCCUCCUCACCGGGGAUUGCUGCUUCGACUACUCCAGGGCGUGCCCAGCUCGCCCGUGCAUCGUGGGGGAGUGGAGCCCCUGGAGUGGCUGCGCCGACCAGUGCAAGCCCACGGCCCGCGUGCGCAGGCGCUCGGUGCAGCAGGAGCCCCUGAACGGAGGGGCGCCCUGCCCGCCCCUGGAAGAGAGAGCCGGCUGCCUGGAGUACUGGACGCCCCAGGGCCAGGACUGCGGCCACUCCUUCGUCCCUGCCUUUAUAACUACCUCUGCGUUCAACAAGGAGAGAACCAGACAAGCCGCUUCUCCACGGUGGUCUGCAGACACAGAGGAUGCCGGCUACUGUAUGGAGUUCAAGACAGAAUCAUUGACUCCUCACUGUGCUAUGGAAAACCGACCUCUGACUCGAUGGAUGCAGUAUCUCCGAGAGGGGUACACCGUGUGUGUAGAUUGUCAGCCUCCAGCUAUGAACUCUGUGAGCCUUCGUUGUUCUGGAGAUGGCCUGGACUCUGAUGGAAAUCAAACUCUUCAUUGGCAAGCAAUUGGCAAUCCUCGAUGUCAAGGAACUUGGAAGAAAGUUCGGCGAGUAGACCAGUGUUCUUGUCCGGCUGUUCAUAGUUUUAUUUUUAUAUAGGUUGCAAUAUAAAUAUUUUAAAAUGUGUUUGUAGACAUGAUAAAUAUUAGCAAGUCAGGUUCAGUGCUUCAUAAACCUUCGAAAACUGGCCAAAGUCCCUGAACACACGUCAUUGAUGUACUGUAAAGUAGAGAAAGAAAAUUUAGGGGCCAGUUCUCAAGAAACACAGUACUUUUUUAUUUUUACUAAGUUGAGGACCCACCCUAAAGACUCCCAUGGUUUUAUGUCCUUAACCCUCCACCUGGAGUCCUCCCAUUCAACAGGUGGCCCAUGCCACACAGAAUACAUGUCUGUUUGCACUAAAAUUACUACAUUUUAGUGGUCCA